UACAUGAUCUACCCAUACUUCUAAACAUACAGGGAGUCACACAUUGAGAUUACGAUGAGGGGGAAAAAGGUAACGCGUCGUUAGAAUGUCUGUGAUAGUACACAUAUUGACCCCUAAAUACACAACUGCUGAGAUCUGUGUUCAUUUGCACAAGGUCAAACCGAUAGCGCAACCUGGGCCAACAUUUUGUGUCUGUUCUAUGGAGUAGCAGAUUGUUGGCAGAAGGAAGUCUCAUUCGGACCCAGAAAGCGAAAUGGAUGUGACCACACUGACCGACGGCCCCGACUACGAUGACCAGGAUAUCAUCAAAAGAUUUGGAGUGGCUAAAAACCUUCUAGGCAUGAGUCGGUUGACCGCUCUGUACAUUAUCUUCAUUCUGGCCAUCUUUCUCCUCAACAUCUUCUUCAUCGUCGUCAUUCUGGAGUCCAGGAUGUUAAGGUCAUCCUCCAGGCAUAUACUUAUUGUGAACAUAUGUUUAGGCGACCUUCUAAUGGCCAUCUUCGUUUUACCUGUACUGCUCAAUCUGGCCAUGAGAGAUGGACAAGACAUAAGGGACUGCACCACCUACUUUGUCCUUCAUUUCUUUGCAGAUUUCCUAAUCCCUUCCUUGACCACGCUGGCCAUAUUGGUUCUAAACCUGGACUAUAUAUUAAGACUUUGCUGUCAGUCUUACUCUGACGGAGCCAGUCGGAGCACUCUAAUGAUCUUUCUGUUCUUUCUGCCCUGGGUGAUCAGUGCAUCAGUUCUGAUACCUCUUUAUGUUGAUGGAAUCAUCAAGGUGCCCAGGGCAGUGCCACAGACGUGUGUUAUUGACAUAGGAGGUUAUCUGACACGAAUACUCUUAAUUGUCAGCUAUUUUCCACAGGCUGGACUUCUUCUUCUAUUUAACAUUAUUGUCUCUGUCAUGUACUUAACGAGGCGAGACUCCUACGGACUUGACGUCUGCGGUGAGCGCAUCCGGGCCCCAGUGGAUAUCUGCCUGGCCUCCUUCGCCACAAUGUUGCUGUACACACCUGCCCUGAUCAUCACACUCCUGACGAGCGAGGGUUACCUGGGCUGUCAGAACACGGAGGAGUGCAGGGCCCUGAACAAAGUCAACACGGCGGCUUCUUGGCUCAUGCUAACCAAGUUCUGGGUGACGCCUCUGUGUUGGCUGGCCUGUAGGGACACCCGGGCAGCUAUAAGACAUUUAUUAGGCUGUUGCUAGUAUGCAAAGAUUUAUCUUGGACAAUUAUUAAGGUUUUCAUUUUUUUUUAGUCAACGUAUAAAUAUGUGUGUACGUACUUUUGGGGAGCAGAUAACCUGAUGUGUUUAUAAGGAAUGAUUGAACGUUGUACACCAUAUUGGAUAUUAAUUAUGGUCAUUCUAAAGAAUCUUAUUGGGCCGGGUAGGUGAGAUUUUCAGCAUUUUAGUGCAAACCCGAAUAUCUUGAGUUCCAUUCCUGAUAUUUUUACCUCCAUUGUAUGUCUGGCCGAAGCCAACAUGGUGACGCAGCACACAGGAGGGUAACUGAGUACAGGACAGGAUAUUAAAAGCUGUUGGCCGUUGUGCUCUCCACACAGCACUCUCUUAAACUGUUGGCCGAAGAAAAAACAAAGUGUAAAUUCAUUGACCAUUAUAUUAAAGCAGCAAUGCGCAAAUCUUUCAACUAGUUUAUUGUCGCAUACUUUGCGUGUCUUUGUGCAACAAUAACAAUCAUUGGUCACGACUUUUAUCUCAAUUCUAAUUUUUUUGUUGAAUUUCUGUAACCACACUUUCCUUAUUUUCAAUUAGUAUUUAAUGUUUUUGGACUCCAUAGUGCAUCAAUGAUCAGUAUAACUGUGAAUUCGAACCAGCACUAUUGGCUGUGUUAUCGUCUUCCUUAUCACACGACCACUGUAUCUUUUACAUGCAUAUAUGAUAUAGGUCUGUUAUGAUUAUAAAUAUGUUGUUUAUUGUUUGUACAUAUAUAUAAAUUCAACAAAAGUAUACGUAGGUCAGUGUACUUGCAUUGUUGUUGUCGACAGUCACUUUGUGGACAUGCUAACCAAGUUCUGGGUGACGCCCCUGUGUUGGCUGGCCUCUAGGGACACCCGGGCAGCUAUAAGACAUUUAUUAGGCUGUUGCUAGAAUGCAAAGUUUUAUCUUUGACAAUUAUUAAGUUUUUCAUUUAUUUUUUUAGUCAACGUAUAAAUAUACAUGUGGAGGUACUAUUGUGGGGUAGAUUACCUGAUGUGUUUAUAAGGACGUUAUUCUAUGCAGAUAGUUGUUUAUUUUUCUGGGGUGAGAUAAAGUUAGAGCAGAAUAAAACAUUCUAGAUGGAGAUAAAGUUAUAGAUGGAGAAGACAAUCUAGAUGGAGAUAAAGUUAUAGAUGGAGAAGACAGUCUAGAUGGAGAUAAAGUUAUAGAUGGAGAAUACAGUCUAGAUGGAGAUAAAGUUAUAGAUGGAGAAUACAGUCUAGAUGGAGAUAAAGUUAUAGAUGGAGAAUACAGUCUAGAUGUAGAUAAAGUUAUAGAUGGAGAAGACAGUCUAGAUGGAGAUAAAGUUAUAGAUGGAGAAGACAGUCUGGAUGGAGAUAAAGUUAUAGAUGGAGAAGACAGUCUAGAUGGAGAUAAAGUUAUAGAUGGAGAAGACAGUCUGGAUGGAGAUAAAGUUAUAGAUGGAGAAGACAGUCUGGAUGGAGAUAAAGUUAUAGAUGGAGAAGACAGUCUAGAUGGAGAUAAAGUUAUAGAUGGAGAAGACAGUCUAGAUGGAGAUAAAGUUAUAGAUGGAGAAGACAGUCUAGAUGGAGAUAAAGUUAUAGAUGGAGAAGACAGUCUAGAUGGAGAUAAAGUUAUAGAUGGAGAAGACAGUCUGGAUGGAGAUAAAGUUAUAGAUGGAGAUAAAGUUAUAGAUGGAGAAGACAGUCUAGAUGGAGAUAAAGUUAUAGAUGGAGAAGACAGUCUGGAUUGAGAUAAAGUUAUAGAUGGAGAAGACAGUCUAGAUGGAGAUACAACCAAUAUGGAAGUAAAUGCUCUUUGUAUACUUACGAUCGCUCCAAACAUUUGAGAUGUACAUCUAGUAACUUUGUUUUACAGUUUGUGACAUAUGAAAGUAGGCCCUACACUUUAUUUGUACUGUGCAGGAAUAUUGAAAUUAGAAUGACGGAUCUGAAUCGGAUUUGGUCCCAGUAAAUUUACCACUUUAUAGAACAUAUAAAGAAUAACUCUUGAGAUCUAGAAAUAUAGAUGCAUAGACUGUUAAGUAUUUUUAAAACAAUGUGACAAUGUAAGGCAUUCGUUCCCUUGAAUGUUGUAAGCAUCAGAGUAGAUUACUUCCCUUGAAUCGAUGAAAUGUCUGUUCAUUCAGGUUAUUUUUUUUCUGACUAAUGUUGUUAUAUAGGUCCUAUAAAUUAAACUACUGUUACUAAACACCAUUCUCAACAUAGAAAACGCAGUGUCAUUGGCAAGCUAAUGAUACUGAUAUUAAUCAGGAUCUUAAGCAGUAGUGAUGGCGUAUAGUGUCAUUGUCCCUUUCUUUGUUUAUCACAAAGUGAAGACAUCCCUUCUCCCGACUGCUGUGUUUAGGCACUUACAACACAUACAAUACUAGAUCACCAUGUCUUGAAUGCUUUCAACACAAGCUGUGCUUGUUAAUGUCCUUUUAUUUAUUCGUUCUAUUUAUCCAACAGUUUCUCGCUAUUUCGGUUUAUCGCUAUUUCGGUUUCUCGCUAUUUCGGUUUCUUCAGACCUGGUUAUAAAUGCUUGAUACAGGACGCACCUUUGUAGAAACAAGUUUUUUUUUUUUUUUAGUUUUUUUCUAGUCAUUCUGGGUUGGGGUUUAAUUGAAUCUGAUACGCUCUCUCAACCUUCUAUCCACUGUUUUGAGUUUAGAAAAAAAAACUAGCUCAAAUCGCUGUUAAUGUGGUCAGGGCCGGAUUGAGGUAUGUGGAGGACCCAGGCUAAAUUUUUGUGGAAGGCCCUACACUCUUUCAAAAGCUUUAAUAAAGGUACAAUAAUGAAUAAAAAUACUCACAUCUAAAAGCAUGCUAUAUUAUAGAAGAAAAAAGUAAAGUACUAGUAAAUUCAAUCUCUCUUUCCUAUUUUAAAAAAAUAUUUAAUAUGCAUAUUUUAGUUUUAAAGAAAAGUGUAUGAGUUUUUGGAGGGUAAGGCCCUUUGUAAACGCAUCCGGAGCUGUUCCAGUAUUUACAUAUUCCGCGCAUGCUACAACUAUAAGCGGAUACUACAAGCUGUAGCACCUUCUUCCCUCCUGUAAAUCCGGCCCUGGAUGUGGUUAUACGUCUUUUGUUUUAACGUCUUGUGACUGUUCUUCCACUUACUGUACAGCAGAUUGUUGGUGCUAGUUUAAUCUUCUGUCUAGUAAUGGAAAUCUUGCCAAUACGUGUUUCUUUAUUGGCUAGCUUGUCUGCCUUUUGAUUCCCAAGAGCUCCACUGAAGGGGAAGCCACAGAACACCAAAUAGUAACAGUAUUACAGUAAUCAGUAGCUUCAUCAUUUCUUGUUCUCACUGAUACAAUAGUAACAGUAUUACAGUAAUCACUAGCUUCAUCAUUUCUUGUUCUCACUGAUACAAUAGUAACAGUAUUACAGUAAUCAGUAGCUUCAUCAUUUCUUGUUCUCACUGAUACUAUAGAAACAUUAUUCUCUUUAAGCUACAUUUGUCGAAGUAAAUCUAAUAGAUCGAAUUUCGUAAUUUAUAGAAUAGUGACAAGUCUUUAAUUAACUAAUGAGCCAUUACACAAACCUUUGCUUACCGUCUGUUACCCAAUGAUAGUAACCUUGCUUACCGUCUGUUACCUAAUGAUAGUAACCUUGCUUACCGUCUGUAACCAAAUGAUAGUAACCUUGCUUACCGUCUGUUACCCAAUGAUAGUAACCUUACUUACCGUCUGUAACCAAAUGAUAGUAACCUUGCUUACCGUCUGUUACCCAAUGAUAGUAACCUUGCUUACCGUCUGUUACCCAAUGAUAGUAACCUUGCUUACCGUCUGUUACCCAAUGAUAGUAACCUUGCUUACCGUCUGUUACCCAAUGAUAGUAACCUUGCUUACCGUCUGUUACCCAAUGAUAGUAACCUUGCUUACCGUCUGUUACCUAAUGAUAGUAACAUUGCUUAACGUCUGUUACCUAAUGAUAGUAACCUUGCUUAACGUCUGUUACCUAAUGACAGUAACCUUGCUUAACGUCUGUUACCUAAUGAUAGUAACCUUGCUUACCGUCUGUUACCCAAUGAUAGUAACCUUGCUUACGGUCUGUUACCUAAUGACAGUAACCUUGCUUACCGUCUGUUACCUAAUGAUAGUAACCUUGCUUACCGUCUGUUACCUAAUGACAGUAACCUUGCUUAACGUCUGUUACCUAAUGAUAGUAACCUUGCUUACCGUCUGUUACCCAAUGAUAGUAACCUUGCUUACCGUCUGUUACCCAAUGAUAGUAACCUUGCUUACCGUCUGUUACCCAAUGAUAGUAACCUUGCUUACCGUCUGUUACCCAAUGAUAGUAACCUUGCUUACCGUCUGUUACCCAAUGAUAGUAACCUUGCUUACCGUCUGUUACUUAAUGAUAGUAACCUUGCUUACCGUCUGUUACCCAAUGAUAGUAACAUUGCUUACCGUCUGUUACCUAAUGAAAGUAACCUUACUUUCUUUCUAUUCUUCAAACACUUCAUUGACGAAACAUUUGGAGAAUAUUUGAUUUAUUUGUGUCUUUAAGUGGAUGAUUGACACACAUACACACACACCAACUGCUUUGGUAUGUAAUGUGUUCUACAUUUGUUGUAUUUUAUAUGUAAUGUAUUCUACAUUUAUUAUGUUUGAUAUGUAACAUGUGCUACGUAUAUUGUGUUUGAUUUGUAGAAAUAUUUCCAAAGUUGUACAUACUUGUUUUCAAGAAAAGUGUGUAUAUAUUGUAACUUCGUGACAAUAAGAAUUAGUGCAAUCUAACACUUUUGUUGUAUUUGUUGUCCAGAAACAGAUGAUUGAUGGAGAGUAUUUUCAAAUGUUUUACCAAGCAGAGGCGUUGCUAGGGUGGGAGGGGGAAGGAGAGGAGAAUUUGAGAGGGUAUAAAAUGAGUGUUUUUAAUAUUAAAUAUUAGGCAAAAUGCAGAGGCCCACAAAGAGGUCAAGGCCCCCUUCGGGCCCCCAAAAUCAUAGAAAAUUUCUGGCUACGCCACCUUUACCGAGCACUUAGAAUGUAGACUCCGCAGUCACUUGACCCACCAUUAAGACCAAAAGCGUCUCAACAGAUGGAGCCAGUGUUCUCACUUACCUAUAUAUUGAUUGGUACUGAAUGUUGUGAUAGCUCAUACUUUGUGAUACUAUAAGUUGUUUAUCAUUUGUGAAUACAAGAUAGUACCAUUAACUAUCUUAUCUAUUUAUCGUUUGGAUCUGUUUUUUUUUUUUCAAUAUAACUUUAUUGUACAAGUAUCUUUAUUACCAUUGUAUCUGCAUCGCAAUCUAAUGCCACUGCACAUGUACACAGUGGUAUUAAGAGCUUCAUAUUAUUCGACACUUUGUUUUAUUUUUGCAGCACCAAGACUUUAAAUCUAUUUACCAAUUAUUUUUUUUAGACUAUACAUUUGAAUUGACAAUUAUUCCUCUUGUUGGUUGUAUUUAUAGCUGGCUUGUGUAAUGCCUAGCAGCAUGAACUUGUGUAUGAUAUUUGCCUAAUCCAGCAUUUAGUUUUCAUGUCGAUACUAAAUGAAUUGAGUCACUUCA